AUGUCAGUACAAACGAUCCCACGCAGCUUUCCCGUCGACGGGAAUUGGUUGAACGUUCCACGUUCAUCAUCGCCUGAACAUCUCUAUCAUGACGAUGAACCUUCUACAGCACCCGGUUUAUCAUCUUCCAUUUCAUCGGCUGGUCGUAGCAGCAGCAGUAGCAGCACCACAUCAAUCCCUUCACCAUCAUUAUUGGCACCACCCGAGCCUAUGAAAAAGCAUGGACGUUUCCAAAGCAUGUUUAAGAAUGCUCGUGCUGGUCUCAAGAUGACCCCCGUUAACAACAACAAUGAAACAACAUCCAUCAAAAGUCGACGAAGCAGCCGUAGUACAGCUGCUAGCAGUGUUCAUAGCCAUCGAUCCAUCAGUAGCGCUUUCAGCAAAUUGGCGCCAUGGAAAUCAUCAUCCUCAUCACUUUGUGAUAAUGGCGAAUUACGUCUCGCUGACAAAUAUGGCCCUUACCUUAAGCCAGCAAAGAAAUCAUCCAGCAAAAGCAUGGGUGCCACGUCUAAAAAGAACAUUGCAAGUGGUGCAACUGCAGUGAUUCGUCUUGUGGAGCACCAGGGCAAUGUAUUAGCCGUCAAGGAAUUCAAAAAACGAGACAAGAGCGAAGCGGUGCAUGAAUACGAAGAUCGUAUGCAAAACGAGUAUUGUAUCAGUAAAAAGGUCUCGGGCCAUCCCAAUGUCAUUAGCACCGUGGAUUUGGUCAAGGAUGAACGUGAUCGAUGGUGUGCAGUUAUGGAAUACUGCUCUGGUGGUGAUGUAUUUAGCCUUAUUCAAGAACGACCAUCAUUAACCGAAAUGGAGUCCGCAUGCUUGUUCAAGCAACUAUUGCUCGGCUUGGACCAUUUGCAUCAGCUUGGCAUUGCUCAUCGUGAUAUCAAACCUGAGAACCUUGUAUUGACCGAGAAUGGCACCCUCAAGAUUUGCGAUUUUGGAACUUCAGACAUUGUGGAGGAUGGUCGACCGUCACGCAAAUGGUGUGGCUCAGAGCCAUUUUGGUCUCCAGAAAUGUGGACACUCAAGACUGAGCACGAUGGCUACGAUGGUCGAGCUGUAGAUAUAUGGAGUGCAGCAGUGACGUACAUGUGUAUCCGCACCCAUAUGCUUCCUUUUAGAGCUGCCUUUUACACAGGUCGCCCCAAUGGCAAAUCUCCUAUGGGCGCCAAGCCUGGUUCACCUGCAGAUGUUGCUGCUCGUGCCAAGGAUGGUGGCGAUCAAGAAUACCAACUAUACUGCCAACAAAGACAACAACAGGGUCCCACAUGUUGUGAGGUAUGGCAAGACCUCUCGCAAAAAGAACGUGAAUGCCUUGCUGGUAUGAUGGAUCCCGACCCAAGCACCCGUUUCACGGUAAAGCAAGCGCUGGAUACGCCCUGGAUGCAAUCCGUGGAAAUGUGCAACGAUGGCUUUUUACCCAACGGUUGGCGUCAUUACCAUUGUAGACCUUCCUCCAAGAACAAAUAG